AUGCAAAAUGACAUCGCCACAUUCCUGAAAGAGAUGGAGAAGAAGUUACCCAAGACAAAACCUCCCGCUCGGGAGAACGAUGUACUGUACUACUCCUCCUAUGUGCAUCAGCACCACACAUCGGCGGCAUGUGAAUGUGGUGAAGGAGACCGGAUAUGUGAGGCCGCCCUUAAGGCGGCUUGCGAUGACCUUGGGUGUGAUUCGGUCAUGCGCGUUGCUCGAAACCGCUUGGUCGACACGACACCGCAACCUAUGGUCCAUUUUGGCAUCACGGGUUCUGGGAACAGCGUGAUGAAGUCAGGACAGCAUCGCGAUCAAGUGGCCAAGGCCGACGGAAUCAUCGCGUUCGAGAUGGAAGGGGCCGGUGUCUGGGACUACUUCCCCAGUAUGGUCAUCAAAGGGGUGUGUGACUAUGCCGACAGUCAUAAGAGGAAGGGCUGGCAAGGGUAUGCCGCGGCCACGGCGGCGGCAUGUAUGAAGGCUUUCUUAGUGGAAUGGACUCCAGAGGAGAGACCGACCAGUCCAGUCGGUGUGACAAGAGCGCAGACGUAUUUUGUCGUUCCAACGCACCGUGUCAAAGAUUUUAUUGGCCGUGAAGAGGAGCUUCGCCAAAUGGGUCGUACUUUCAUCACCCGGUUGAAAGACCUCGAAUCUUGGUGCUCCAUGCGAUGGGAGGACAAGGAAAGAGUCAAAUUGCCCUCGAAUACUGUCGACAGGCGCAGCAAAUAUACCGAGGUCAUUGCACAAGAACUCGACGGUUCAGUGGUCAACGCGUUGGAUGACGACGAUGCGAAAGUGAGGUUCGCCUUGCGCACGCUCGAGCGGUGGGAUGAUCGUUGGUUGAUGGUGUUUGACAAUUGCGAUGAUCCGGCCACUUUCUCAGACGUUGAGCAGUUCGUCCCCCAAGGAGGUAAAGGAGACAUUCUCUUUACUAGUCGCCAUCGCGGUCUAGGGGAACUAGGGACUAUCAUCGAUAUCCCGCCCAUGCCGGACAAGGCAGGCGUCGAACUGCUCCUACAUCGAUAUUCCGGCAUCAAUGUGAGCAGUUAUAUGUCCGAAGGGUCUACGAUCGUGAACCGCCUAGGUGGUCUGGCCUUAGCCAUCGAUCAAGCGUCAGCAUAUAUGGCGUACAAGCAGUUACCCAUCGACCGAUUGAGCGGUUUCUUAGGGCAAUACGAAGCCCAGCGCGAAAAGGUGCUUCAGCACACGGCUGACUACUUCUGGAAAUACAUGAACAUUGGUGAAGAAAGUGGACAGCAAACCGCCAUCAACGCCUUCACCACGUGGGAAAUGUCGUUCCAACAGCUUCUGGACGGCUGGCAUACAGCGGGCUCGGUGGCACACUUUCUGACCGUUGCGGCGUUCUUGGCUCCAGUCCAAGUCAGCGAAUGUCUGUUCAAGUUUCACCGCGAGCUGAGUGAGCCUCCACCGGAUUGGGCCGACAUUUUUGUGGCCUCAGGUGGCUCCGACGAUGAGAGCUCAUCCAGCGAGGCCGAUGAAGAUCUUGACCGCCAGGAGCACGUCACGCCUGACCCUUCCCGAACCAUUCACGAUGCUACAAUACGUCGCUCUCAGGAGACCUGGGAUGGUGAGCGAUUCUGGCAUCUCAUCCGGCAAGCGUACCAGAUGUCGCUACUGCAUAGUAUCGUACCGCCCACCCCACCUGGAGGAGCGACCUUGAUCCUACACCCCCUAAUCCGCGACUGGCUUCAGCUCCGAGUGGGCUCGAAAGACCGGCAGACUUAUACUUACGAAGCUGUCGACAUGAUUGUCAGCUCUCUUCGAACUCUCGCAAACCGGGAUAGCGAUGCCACGAUCAAGCGGUCGAUUCUUCUGCAUAUGGACGCCGCUCUUGUGACGGUUAAAGGCUUCUUUCGAGACGGGCAUCGACUCGGCCAAGAUAUUACGAGCUGCCAGAAUGCGGAUUGGUUCGCGUCGUUCUAUCGAGAUCAGGGCCGGUUUAAUGCAAGUCUCGAUCUGUAUCGUACGGUGGUUGCGACGAGGGCGAGGGUGCAGGGCAAGGAGCAUCCAGACACGCUGAUGAGCAUGAACAACCUCGCCUUGGUGCUAAGGGGUCAGGGGAAGUAUGACGAGGCGGAGCAGAUGCAUCGAGAAGUGGUGGAAGUGCAGGAGAGGGUGCUGGGCCAGGAGCAUCCAGACACGCUGAUGAGCAUGAACAACCUCGCUUUGGUGCUGAGCGAUCAAGGGAAACAUGAUGAGGCAGAGCAGAUGCAUCGAGAAGUGGUGGAAGUGCGGGAGAGGGUGCUGGGGAAGGAGCAUCCAUCCACGCUGGCGAGCAUGAACAACCUCGCCACGGUGCUAAGGGAUCAGGGGAAGUAUGUCGAGGCGGAGCAGAUGCAUCGAGAAGUGGUGAAAGUCAAGGAGAGGGUGCUAGGCCAGGAGUAUCCAGACACGCUGACGAGCAUGAACAACCUCGCCGAGGUGCUGAGGGGUCAGGGGAAGUAUAAUGAGGCGGAGCAGAUGCAUCGAAAAGUGGUGGAAGUGCAGGAGAGGGUGCUGGGCCAGGAGCAUCCAUCCACGUUGACGAGCAUGAACAACCUCGCCGCGGUGCUGAGCGAUCAAUGCCAAUACGAGGAGGCGGAGAAGAUUCAGGCGGUGGUCGUUGUGGGGAUGCUCAGAAAUUUCGGGUUCGAGCAUCCCUCCUUUGACAUGUCUGAACAGGUUACUUGGCAUAUGGGAAUACCAAGGCAUGGAGGAGAGCGCAAGGGAAAAGUCACUUCUCGAACUUGUCGAAAAUGGGGUGAGCAGGACUUCCUACCGGCACUCAGAACCGCAGAUAAGUGCGGGGUGCGGGGUAAAAUGUCCCCAAUACUUAGAAGCUCAAUGUGA